CUGGGGCUGGCUGCAACGUUUGGUCAGGAGCCGUUUAGCCGAAAGCAUCAGGACAGAGUAAAACCCAACAUGAAUCUGAUCAAAGCCGCUCUAUUGAUGAGCGCGUUCGUUGUCUUGUCUAUGGCCCACGAUGCUGAUUCCAGUACCGACAGCUGGGACAAAUGGCUGGAGUGCGCCCAUCUUGGCGCCAGAGCCUCGGCCAAACUGCUGCGAGGCGCCGUCCCCGCGGUGCGUACCCUAUAUCUGUGCGUCGACUUCGAGCCUAUCCGUAACUCCGAAUCAAGGUACCUCCAAUCUCUGAGAAACCUCUACGAGUUCCUGAAGAGCACCGUUUACGAGAAACAUAGCUGUCUGCUUGACCCCCUAAAGGGAGCUGCCAACGUUCUAAGGCCAUUCGUUGAAAGACUUGCCAAACUGUCCUGCAUCGAAUCCUAGAUAUUCAAUACGUUUUUCAAUAUUGAAAUAAAUUCCGAGAGCCCAGCUCCUGCUCUAUUCGAAGCAAGCCAAAA